AUGGACAUGGUGGAAUACGCGGGAGGGGCGGGAGGCCGGCCGUCACUCAAGGGCAAGCAAGUCGAUGUUCCAUGGUCACAGUCUGGUCCAUCGAGCAAUCACCAGCAGGGGCAAACGAACGGCGCAGGCCCCAGCAGAACCGCGACAACACCGACAGAGCCGACAGUUCUCAACGCGAAGCACGCCGCGAUCUCGUUCAAGCUCAAACCUAGUUUGUCGUCGUCUUCAUCCCGCACGGUGAACGGCGAGACGUUACAUGCCCCUUCGUCGCCACGAUUACGGGCGUUUGCGCUUCCACCAUCGUCCUCGGCGCCCCCGCCGCCACCCUCAGAACCCCCGCCGCCUCCGCCGCCUCCAACAUCUGAACCUCCCCCACCACCACCUCCCUCCGAUGAACCUCCGCCCCCGCCCCCUCCAUCCAAUGAACCCCCACCUCCGCCUCCACCAUCGUCCGCCCCUCCACCCCCACCAGACGAACCUCCCCCGCCACCGCCACCAUCAGGUGCUGCCCCCCCGCUACCUCCACCUCAACAUUUUCCAUCAUCGUUUGCUCCGUCGCUUUUGCCUUUCCAUACGGCUACUCCGCCGCCAUACCCGCCUGCUCCCUCUUUCGCCCCUCCACCACCAUCUUCUCCCCCUCCACCUCCUCCCGAUGCCCCGCCUCCCAUUCCGUCCACUUCGGCCGUCAGGUUGCCUCCAACAGGCCCCCGCAGAGAUCCCUUAACUGGUGUAUAUUCUGCGCAACCAGUCUUCAACUACGCGGCGCAAACCGUCACUGCUCCCCGCCCAGAGAGUGUGCCAAGCCGACCCCCAUCACCACCAUGCCCACCCCCACCACGGCCACCCUCCCCCGUGUUAUAUUCUCUCCCGCCACCGCCACCCUGGCCUCCUGCUCCCGAAGAGUUUGCGCCUGGAAAGAACUGGAAGGUGCUGUUCGACUAUGGGAUCGACAAGGAUCGAGAUGGCCAGUACCGGGCGCUUGCGGAGAAGCUACGCGAGAAGGGGCUGGACCAGGGCGAGGAGGCGCGGGUGAAGGGCAAGGGAAAGGGGAAGGAGAUCAUCCUUCGGUACAACGGAGAGAUUAUUGAUGGGGAGCACGAGGCGGUCGUGCGAGACCCACGCAAGGAGGCAAAGCUGAAGAGGUUGCCAUCGUUACGUCCUCCGAGGACGGAGCUCGUCCGGACGCGGUACGAGUUCGAUGCGAACUCGGUCGGGCCCCCGCCCGCGAUGGCUGUCCUUGUGCUGGGAAUCUCGCCCCUGAUGCCGAAUACACACCUUCGACGACACUUUGGCGCCCACGGGAACAUCCUCUCGUUCGAGCCCCAGAUCGACAAGUCCAGCGGAGGAGCCCUGGGCAUCGUCCUCAUCAGGUAUUCGUCACAUGAAGAGGCGAAGGCGUGCGUGGCAAAGGAGCAUGGCAAGAAGCUAGCACUCACGGUCCCCGGUGUCAGCGAGGGCGAGGUCCUCAGGGCCGUUCUGGAUGGCGAAGGAAAGCUGCUGAAGGCGGUUAUGGCGGAGCUCGACGACCGGCGGCGACAGGAGCGAGAGAAGCGGAAACGAGAGAAAGAGGAGAAGGAGAAAGCGAGCUCUGCGCACCUCCGACACACCCCCGCCUCGAGUGCCAGUCAGACGCCCGUGCAACAGAGCAGCAGCAUGGCUAACAACCCGUGGCGCACCACGCUGCGAGACGGCGGCCCGCACAAAAAUCCGCACCUCUUCCGCCAACAUCAGCAACAGCAGCAGCACCAACACCCGCACUCACAUCACCAGCACCAGCACCAGCAGGCUCACACUCCCCACCAUCCAUCACACGAUGCCCAGCCUCAUCCGCCGCGGCCACUCCCACCGAGUCUCCCCAUGCGCCCGCAGCUGACACCGAUGUCUGUGUCGCAUUCACCCAACCCGGCCGUCCCGGACAAGAACAGCCCCCUCCCCAACAAUAUCCCCACCGGUCCACGCCAUGGCCCCUCCAACCGCGGGAUGCGUGGACGUGGCGGCGCGCGGGGGCGUGGAAUGGCGCACAUGCGCGCGGUCCCGACCAUGCGCCCCCCAGUUCGCCUGUUUCCCAACGGAAGCUCUGGUAUGCCCGUCCUUCCUGCUGGUUUCGUAGGCACGCCUGCGCCUGCACCCGCGCCAGUACAAAUGCCUCAGUCCCGCUCUCCGUCACCAGUCGGACGGCGCCCCGGUCAAUGGGGGCGUGCGGCCGCUGUGACGGCGAAGAAGGGCGACUACGAAGCGGUCAAGGCGGCGCUCGCGAAGAACGGAUUUGAGCACAUCGCCAUCGACGGACAAGUGGGUGGAGUGGACGAGACAGAUGUGAGGGUGUAUUUGAUGGGCUUCCCAGUUGACCAGAUUCUUCGCGACCGCCACAGCUGGUAUGCUACAUUUACGUCGGCAGACAUCGCCCGUCGUGCUGCGAUGUUUCUUUCUGCUACCGGCCGGACGCUUGCCCACCACCGCGUCACCGUCACCGUCCGCACGCCUCCGACACACAUCCCACUCGCCUACAAAACGUCGUUCACAAACGCCGAGCUGCUGGAGGAGGCAGAGAAAAUGAUCUUCAAAGAGCUCCGCGGCUUCCUCGAGAAGGAUAUUACCGAACGCAUCGUGGCGUCGCGCAUUCGCCAAGUCGUUCUCGACGAACGCGCGAAGAAGGGUGUCGCUCCUCCGCCUGAGGUACCAGCGAUCGAACCCCACGAAGGGGUCGACCCCAAGUACCUGGACCGCGCGGGAUUGCGCGGGCUUUCGUUUCGCCCUAAGAAGCGGCCGCGCGAAGAGGUGGUCGAGAUUCCUGCGGUCGUCGUCACGAAGCAGGAGGACGAGGAGGACGUCGUAGUGCGCCCGAAGAAGAAGCCCAAGAAGGCCCCGAAGAAGGUCGUUGUCGAGGAGAGGCUCAUCGAGUCGGAAGACGAGGAGCCCGCCGUCGUGCCCACCGUCCCCGUUCCGCAUCGCAAACGCGUGAUGUCGGAGGCGAGCGACAUCGAGGUCCCGAUGCCGACGAAGAAGAAGUCGAAGGGUGGGGUGGUCACGGAGGAUGGGGUCACGCAGGUCGUGCGGAAGAAGAAGUCGAAGAAGGUACGCGAGCCCGCGUUCGAGGCGGAGGUCGUCCAUGAAGUCAUCCCCGAGCCGCUCAAGCCCCCGUCGGUCGCCCAAGUCACGUUCGACUACAGCCCAUCCCCCGCACGCUCCCCCGUCCUACCGUUCGCGACAUUCACGGAUGCGCAGAAGAUCGAUCCGAUCACGGCUGGCAUUUGCGAGGAUGAGGAGGACAUGUACUUCGCCAAGCUCGCGCUCGAGCGCAUGCUCUUCGGCAAGUCUGCAGAUACUCCAGAACCCGAGCCAGAACCCGACGCGGAGACCGGUGUCGUCGCACGGAAACACGUCACGGGCUCCGCGCGCUCGGAGGGGUACUACAAGAUCUCGCACGCGGAGAAGGCGGCAUACGUCGCGCAGUACGCGCUACGUGGGAUGACCACCUCGACUGCUGCCGAGACCGAGCACUCGUCACUGCCGCCGAAGCAGACGGUGGGCUCAUCGCGCGCGAACCGGGCGAACGCGCGCCGGCGUGCGCAGGGCCUCGAGGAGAUGAACCUCCUUCAACGCGCGAUGGCGCUCUCGAAGGGCGAGGCCACUGCUCCCGAUGCGGUCAAGUACAACCAGCUCCAGGCGCGCAAGAAGCAGCUGCGCUUCGCGCGCUCGCCGAUCCACGACUGGGGCCUGUACGCGAUGGAGAAGAUCAACCGUGGGGACCUGGUGAUCGAGUACGUGGGCGAGGUCAUCCGGGCGCAGGUCGCAGACAAGCGCGAGAAGGCGUACGAGCGGCAGGGGAUCGGCAGCAGUUACCUCUUCCGUAUCGACGAAGAGCUCGUCGUGGAUGCCACGAAGACGGGUAACCUGGGGCGGCUCAUCAACCACUCGUGCGACCCGAACUGCACGGCGAAGAUUAUUACGAUCAGCGGGGAGAAGAAGAUCGUCAUUUACGCCAAGCAAGACAUCGAACUCGGUGACGAGAUCACUUAUGACUACCACUUCCCCAUCGAGCAGGACAAGAUUCCUUGUCUCUGCGGGUCUGCCAAGUGCCGUGGGACUCUCAAUUAG